ACGGCGUCGGGCGCCUGGUACGGCGCCUUCAAGCUGCUGAGCUACGUCCAGCGGCGCCUGCCGCUGCCCGAGCGCGACGCCUCGGCGCCCGCGAUGGAGCUCCGCGCGUGGAAUCUCUGGGACACGCUCUCCGGCGUCGUCGAGCGCGGCAACGCGGGCAACUCGCUGGUCUGGCCCUACGCUUUGUACGACGACGACAAGCCGCCGCACCCGGCCCAGCUCUACUCGUCGGGCGUCAACACGGUGGUCCUCAACGACGUCAACGCGUGCGGCGACCCGCAGACGCGGUCGCUCACGGCCGUCGCGAACUGGACGAAGAACCUGGGGCCCCUCUUCGAUCGGUACGCGCUGACGCCCAUGCUCGCCGUGUGCUUCGGCGCGCCCACGGAGCUCUCGAACGUGACGUCCGAUCCGCUGAGCGCCGACGCGAUCGAGUGGUGGACGGCGAAGUUCGGCGAGAUCUACGACCACUACCCGAACUUCGGCGGCGUCGUCGUCAAGGCCGACUCCGAAGGCGAUGUCGGCCCCAUGAGCUACAACCGCACGGAAGCCGACGGCGCGAACAUGCUCGCGCGGGUGUUGAAGGUUCGCGGGGGCCGGGUGCUGUGGCGCUCGUUCAUCUACGGCAACGGCCUCGGCGCCGACCCGUCGAAUCCGAUCGGCCAGGAGGACCUGGCGCGCCAGGCCUUUGACACGUUCAAGCCUUUGGACGGGUCCUUCGACGACAACGUCAUUUUGCAGAUCAAGAGCGGCCCCAUGGACUUCCAGGUCCGCGAGCCGCUCCACCCGCUGCUCGGGGGCAUGCCCGAGUCCAACGUCAUGAUGGAGGUGUCGUCGAACCAGGGCUACACGGGCCACCAGAUCCACGUGUGCAACUUCGCGCAGCAGUGGGAGUACUACUUCGCCUGGGACACGAAGUGGGCGUCCCCGUCGCUGACCAUCGCGGAGCUGCUCACGUCCGAGGCGCGCGGCGGCAGGUCGAAGUGGGGCGGCGGCCUCGCGUGCGUGUCGAACCUGGGCAACUUCGCCAACUACACGGCCCAUGUCCUCGCGGCGGCGAACACCUACGCCUGCGGCCGCAUGGCCUGGGACCCCACGGUGCCCGCGGCGACCGUGGACCGCGAGUGGGCGGCGAUGACGUUCCCGGCGGGCAGCGCGGCGGCCGUCGACGCCGUCGCGGACAUUUUGGGCCGGUCGUGGCAGGUCUACGAGGGCUACACGAGCCCCAUGGGCAUCGGCUUCAUCGUCGGCCAGGACAACCCCUACGGCUGCGCGCCGAAGACGAACUACACGCGCGGCGGCGGCGAGGGCCCCGGCGGCGCGGCGUGCCCGCCGGUGAUCGACCACGGGAACCACUACUGGAUGAACCCCUGUGACGACUACGAUUUCUCCAAUUAUUCGAAGACGGGCCUCGGCUGCGACCGCACGUCGCGCGGCGUCGGCAGCCGCAUGAUCGACACCUACGCGCCCGCGCUCCGGGAGAUCCUCGACGACCCCGCGCGCGUCCCCGAGGAGCAGCUCCUGUUCUUCCACAACAAGAAGUGGACGGACCCCGUGCCCGCGUACUACGGCAACGCGACCGUGCGCCUCUUCGACCGCAUCCGCGACCGCCACGCGGGCGCGCUCGACGAGCUCCGGGGCAUGGCGGCGACGUGGGACGGCCUCGAGGCCGCGCUCGGGGGCGACGCGCGCUUCGCGGGCGUCCGGGCGCGCUUCCUCCAGCAGAUGAACGACGCCGCCGUCUUCUCCGACACGAUCAUGGGCUUCUACGGUGCCCUCAGCGGCCUC